AUGGUCCAUACAAUUGUUAGAUACCGUCUGGUUUUGGCACCAAUACUAUGGUUAUCCCAAGUUUUGACAAUUUCCUCACUUUCUGGACUCCCCCACCACAGGGAAACUACUUUGUCUAUUGACGAUGUGAUUCUGGUCGAGGUGGCCUGGGAAGUGACCAACAAAGUUGGAGGCAUCUACACCGUGAUUCAAACCAAGGCAAAGGUCACCAUUGACGAGUGGGGCGAGAAUUACGUGAUGAUGGGACCAUAUUUUGAGCAUAACGUGAGGACCCAGGUGGAGCUGGUUGAACCGCAGAAUCCUGCCAUCAAACGGACCAUAGACUCCAUGAACUCCAAAGGCUGUAAGGUGUACUUUGGGCGAUGGUUGAUUGAAGGGAAUCCUUGUGUUAUUCUGUUUGAUGUUGGAGCUACAGCUUGGAGCUUGGACCGUUGGAAAGCUGAAUUAUGGGAUUGUUGCUCUAUUGGGAUUCCCUGGUAUGACCGAGAAGCAAAUGAUGCUGUUCUCUUUGGUUUUCUGAUCACUUGGUUCCUGGGAGAGUUUGUCUCUCAGUGUGAGGGGAAGUGUCCAUUUAUCAUCACUCACUUCCAUGAAUGGCUGUCUGGCGUUGGUUUGAUUAUGUGCCGAUUCCGUAAGAUCCCUGUAGCCACAAUCUUUACGACACAUGCCACAAUACUGGGACGUUAUCUCUGUGCUGGAAAUGUCGACUUCUACAACAACCUUGCCUAUUUUGAUGUAGAUCGUGAAGCGGGAGAGAGGCAGAUUUACCACCGAUACUGCAUGGAACGUGCUGCUGUUCAUUGUACUCAUGUCUUCACAACUGUGUCAGACAUCACAGCAGUUGAAGCAGGAUACCUACUCAAAUGCAAACCUCAUGUGGUGACUCCAAAUGGACUGAAUUUGAGGAAGUUCUCUGCAGUGCAUGAGUUUCAGAAUUUGCACUCCAAGAGCAAGAUGCGGAUUCAGGAGUUUGUGAGAGGCCAUUUCUAUGGUCAUUUGGAUUUUGACCUGGAUAAGACUGUCUAUUUCUUCAUUGCUGGGCGAUACGAAUUUACCAACAAAGGUGCAGAUUUAUUCCUGGAAGCAUUAGCACGUCUCAAUUAUCUCCUCCAGACUCAUCAAAGUCGUGUGACGGUGGUUGCAUUCUUCAUUAUGCCUGCACGAACCAACAACUUCAAUGUAGAGACAUUGAAAGGGCAGGCAGUUCGUAAACAGCUGUGGGAUACAGCGAAUUCAGUGAAGGAGAAGUUUGGGAAGAAGUUAUAUGAAUCAUUGUCAAGUGGAGAGCUACCCGAAGCAAAACAAAUGAUUGACCAGGAGGAUUUUGUCAUGAUGAAGCGAGCCCUGCUGUCUACCCAGCGCCAGUCAUUGCCUCCGGUGUGCACACACAACAUGCUGGAUGACUCGACGGAUCCAAUUUUGAGCACAAUUCGACGUAUUGGCUUGUUCAACCAUCCCAAUGACCGAGUAAAGGUGAUCUUCCAUCCCGAAUUUCUGUCUUCCACCAGCCCACUGCUGCCACUUGACUAUGAAGAGUUUGUACGUGGUUGUCACCUGGGGGUAUUUCCUUCAUACUAUGAGCCAUGGGGUUAUACACCAGCGGAAUGCACAGUUAUGGGAAUUCCUAGCAUUUCUACCAAUUUGUCCGGCUUUGGUUGCUUCAUGGAGCAUCACAUCACUGACCCUUCUGCAUAUGGAAUCUAUAUUCUGGAUCGUCGGUUUAAGAGCCUGGAUGAGUGCUGCAAUCAGUUAACCUCGUUCCUCUACAGCUUCUCUCAACAGUCACGACGGCAAAGGAUAAUCCAGAGAAAUCGCACAGGGCGACUCUCUGAUUUGCUGGACUGGCGCUACCUUGGCCGGUAUUACACCCAUGCCAGACUCUUAGCCCUUUCUAAAGCCUUUCCCAGUGACCUUUCUGUUGACCUAGCGGAGAUUUCUGCCAGUUUCCACUAUCCACAGCCGACAUCAUUCCCACCUUCUCCAUCCUUCUCCGCUGCGUCCUCUCCUCGUUACAGUGACAGUGAAGUUGAACCAUACAAUGAGGAAGAGGAGGUUGAGAUAGAUCGUAAAAAUAUCAAACUGGACUCGAUGCUGAACUUAAUUCACGAGCGUAACAAAAAUCUGGAAGAAUCUUUUGCAUUUAGAGAAUCCAGCAUCAGUAAUACUAGUUCAUCCUCUAGGCCAAGUGAAUUCCCUAGUUCCACAGCAACUACUACUCCCAGCAAGCCAGCUGAUCCCAGUGAUGCCAACUGGAUGACCAGUUCUAGUGAUUCCAAAAUGCCCACCAAUCCCAGUGCCUCACAUGAUCCCAGCAAGCCAACUGAUCCCAGUGAUGCCAACUGGAUGACCAGUUCUAGUGAUUCCAAAAUGCCCACCAAUCCCAGUGUCUCACACGAUCCCAGAAAGCCAAUUGAUCCCAGUGAUGCCAACUGGAUGACCAAUUCUAGUGAUUCCAAAAUGCCCACCAAUCCCAGUGUCUCACACGAUCCCAGAAAGCCAAUUGAUCCCAGUGAUGCCAACUGGAUGACCAAUUCUAGUGAUUCCAAAAUGCCCACCAAUCCCAGUGCCUCACAUGAUCCCAGAAAGCCAACUGAUCCCAGUGAUGCCAAUUGGAUGACCAGUUCUAGUGAUUCCAAAAUGCCCACCAAUCCCAGUGCCUCACACGAUCCCAGAAAGCCAAUUGAUCCCAGUGAUGCCAACUGGAUGACCAAUUCUAGUGAUUCCAAAAUGCCCACCAAUCCCAGUGCCUCACAUGAUCCCAGAAAGCCAACUGAUCCCAGUGAUGCCAAUUGGAUGACCAGUUCUAGUGAUUCCAAAAUGCCCACCAAUCCCAGUGCCUCACACGAUCCCAGAAAGCCAAUUGAUCCCAGUGAUGCCAACUGGAUGACCAAUUCUAGUGAUUCCAAAAUGCCCACCAAUCCCAGUGCCUCACAUGAUCCCAGAAAGCCAAAUGAUCCCAGUGAUGCCAGUAAGUCGACCAAUCCCAGUACCUCUCAUGAUCCCAGUAAGCCAACAGAUCCCAACAGGCCAACCAAUCCCAAUAGUUCAAACUGGCCACGUAAACUGAGUAAUCCCAGUAGGGAUACGAAUCCUAGUAAUACCUAG